GCUUUAAAAGAACUGCGUCCCAGUCUCUCCUGACAGUAGCACUGAUACCUCAAGUGUUUCCUGAACCCAGCAGGUGAGAAGUGAAGCUCUGUCACUUUACAUGUCUGCUGCUUUUACACCUGUAUCUUCUUCAUUCCCUACUCAAGCUUCAAGAUGAGCAUGACAGAUGUCCUCAGUGCUGCUGAUAUAGCUGCUGCCCUGAGGGAGUGCCAAGCUCCUGAUACUUUCAAUUACAAGAAAUUCUUCAAGACCUGUGGUAUAACUAAAAAGACACCUAAUGAAGUCAAACAAGUUUUCGGUGUAAUGGAUAAUGACGAGAGUGGCUACGUUGAAGAAGACGAACUUAGGUUUUUUCUUCAACGAUUUGAUCCCUCUGCCAGAGUGCUAACAUCCUCUGAGACUAAGGAUUUCAUGGCUGGAGCUGAUCAUGAUGGAGAUGGGAAAAUUGGAGUUGAUGAGUUCCAAGCGAUGGUUCAUACUUGUUGAAGCCAGUGAUGAGCAAAGCCUGGUGAUUUUUUUUUGGCAAAACCCAUUUUAGACUUAAAGAAGAACAACCCUCGAAACAUCAAAUUACUUUUACUCCUCAUCUUAACAUGUGGAUUAUUGGGUUCAAAACAAUGCAUUAGCUGUGGGGCCUCCUAAAAUGUGCUGUUUAUCUGCUAACACUGCAUGUGUUAAUUAUCCAAUAAACAAUAAACCACCCGAA